CAGCGAGCUCUGCAGCAGGCACGCCAUCGCCAGAGAAACCCAUCAACGCCCGCCGACCCGCUUUCACCUGCAUCACCAUGGGGCCGUGGGGUCCUCUGCUGGGGGCCCUUCCUCUCUGGAUGUGCUUCGGGACAGUUGCUGCUCUCUCGGACCCUGGGAUCUGUUACGUUCUGGACGGCAUCCUGUUUCUGUACGGCAUCAUCCUGACCAUCCUCUACUGCAGAAUCAGGAUCUCCAAUGCUAAAGAGGCCCGAGUGGAGAAAGGCAAGCCGAAGCAGGGCGUUGAAGAGGGCAUCUACACGGGUCUGACUCCUCACACUGCUGACACAUAUGAAACCAUUGGCAUGAAGAAGUAACUCCACAAACGUCCACUUCUCUUUAAACUCCUUCAUUAUUUCAACUUUUUUUUUUUGUUGUAUUUAAAUUAUUCUCUCUGCUGUCGUCC